AUAAAUACUCUAUUGAUUUGAAUUAAAUUGCUUUACAUUUUAUAUUAAAUAUUAUUUUGUUUUAAGUUUUAAAUUAUCAUUAACUUUACAAUCUUAAGGAAACAUGUUUUGCGGACAGAAAUUAGGCCUCAAUUACAAGACAUUAGAUCUGAAGGUUCCCUCUUUAGAAGAGGUGAGUCGUGUACUCCGCGAUGGCUUAACGCCCUUCUUCGAGACUGUGGACGUAUCUGUAGUGGACUGUCCAGACCUACGACAACCACCCUUUCAUUUGGCCCAAAGAGGUCUUAGUGGCGAUGAGAAGGUUGCGGACAUCGGAGGUGUGCCUUAUUUGGUGCCAUUGGUUCAAAGAGACAAAUACUAUUCCCUUAAAGACAUUGCGAGUGUUAUGGAAAUGGAUGACAAUGCCUUCCUCAUUGGUGCCGGUGCCGGACCGCACAGGGAGGUCGGAGUCAAUUGCGAACUAAUGCCUAACAUCUGGUUUGAAGACAAACAGACAAAGAUUAAUAACAGAACACAUAUCGCAAAGGUUGACGAAAGGGGUGGCUGUCAGCUAUCAUUAGCCCAGACCACAGAUUUCGGACUUUUAGCCAAUUUGUUCGCAUCGCAAGGAAAACCAGGAAAAGUACUCAAAGUCUAUGUGAAAAAGAGAAUCGGAUCCGAAAACUUUGUCACAACUAUGAGACAAAUCCUGAAUCAACAUUACGGCAAUAGAGCUGUCAGUUUGGGAGGCGUCUUCCUAUUGAGAGGGGGUUCCGCUAAACUCCAUAUUAUGCCCGACUUUAGCAAAACUCCACUCAAUUCGGAUGAAGACGUGAAUAAUUGGCUAAACUUUUAUUCAAUGGAUUCACCGCUCAUUUGUUUAAGUGUUUUCCAUUCAUAUGACCCGGACUUAGACCUGCGUAUUGAACACACCCACUGUUUCAGUGACCACAACCAGGGGGGACACUAUCACUACGACACUACUCCCGAUCAUAUUGAGUACAUAUGAAGGAUAUUUCAAUUUAGCGAAACAGAUAUACCGAAUCGAUGCCCCCAUUACUACACAUAAUAUUGGACGGGAUUAAGAUUUGAAGAUAAAAAAGACAUCCAGAAAAGUAAAUAAUUUUUAAAAGUAUAGCACAAUUAAGUAACACAAAGACUCUUACAAAUACUGUUUCAAAUGUUGUAUUCUAGUGAUUGUAUUUUAAGAAUUGCCAAAAUAUAAGCAUUUUCUGGUUUAAUGUGUAAUAAAUAGAUGUGAUCUUCAAUUGGUUUCUAAUAAAUGUUAAGGAGUUUAAAGGUUUUAUGAUCUCUUAAGGGAUCGUAAGCUAUAUUUGACAAAAGGU